AUGGAAAACACCAAGCUUGAACCAGAACCCAAUGGAGACUACGAUCUCACCAAACCCAUAACAUCAACCUCAGGCCUCCGUCAAGGCCUAACAUCCUACGGAGAUGCGCACUUCUCUCUAUUCCUACGAAAAGUAUUCAUCAAAUCACUCGGAUACUCCGAAGACGCGCUUUCACGACCUACAGUCGGCAUAAUCAAUACAUUCUCCGGAUUUAACCCCUGCCAUGCGAAUGUUCCCCAGCUUGUUGAAGCUGCGAAGCGUGGUGUACACCUCCAUGGAGGCUUAGCGGUGGAGUUCCCGACUAUUAGUGUCCAUGAGAGUUUCUCGCAUCCUACUAGUAUGUUUUUGAGGAAUUUGAUGAGUAUGGAUACAGAAGAGAUGAUUCGGGCUCAGCCUUUGGAUGCUUGUAUUAUGAUUGGAGGGUGCGAUAAGACUGUUCCAGCACAGUUAAUGGGCGGAAUAUCAGCCAACAAGCCCAUUCUCCCUUUAAUCACUGGUCCAAUGUUACCAGGAAGUCAUCGUGGUAAGAGAAUAGGUGCUUGUACCGAUUGUCGAAAUAACUGGGCGGCAUUUCGAGCAGGCGAGAUCGAUGUGGAGGAGAUUUCGGCUAUCAAUGAAGAGCUAGCUCCCACUAUCGGCACUUGUGGAGUUAUGGGAACUGCAAGCACAAUGGCUUGUAUUACCGCUGCGUUAGGAAUGAUGCCACUUCGUGGUGCAUCAGCACCAGCUGUAUCAUCUGUAAGAUUACGCAUUGCCGAGGAGACCGGUGCAAAUGCAGUGAAAGUUGCUCAAUUAUCCAGAAAACCGCAAGAUAUUCUCACGAAGGAAUCGUUCUUCAACGCCAUUACAGUGCUUCAAGCUAUUGGUGGAUCUACAAAUGCAGUAGUCCAUUUACUCGCUAUUGCAAACAGACAUCCUGAACUCGAGGGUGUGAUCACUCUACAAACAUUCGAAGAAAUCGGUCGCAAGACACCGCUACUCAUCGAUCUCAAGCCCAGUGGAGAUAACUAUAUGAAUGACUUUCAUAACGCAGGUGGCAUGGCUGCACUACUACAAGUUCUACGUCCACUGUUACAUCUAUCUGCUAUGACAAUCUCCGGACAAACACUAGGUGAGGUUCUGGAUCUCGCUCAGUCCAAGCGAGUUUCCUUUCCUCAACAGAUUAUUCGACCUUUAUCUGAUCCGCUUCACCCCUCUUCAUCUCUCGUUGUCCUAACAGGGAAUCUUGCUCCGAAUGGUGCAAUCAUGAAAGCAUCUGCAUCGAAAGAUCGCUCUCUUCUCAUGCAUACUGGACCUGCUAUGGUCUUUGAGAACUCAGUGAAUCUAGCUCAGCGGAUUGAUGAUCCUGAUUUACCAGUUACGAAAGAUAGCGUAUUAGUUCUCAAGGGAAUAGGACCAAUUGGGAAUCCUGGUAUGCCAGAAGCAGGAUUAAUUCCAAUUCCGAAGAAACUGGCCAUGGCUGGUGUGAAAGAUAUGCUUAGGUUAUCUGAUGGUCGAAUGUCAGGAACAGCAGGUGGAACUAUUGUUCUUCAUAUCUCGCCUGAGGCGGCGAUUCCAGAUUCGCCUUUUGGGGCUGUGGAGACGGGAGAUAUGAUUACUUGUGAUAUUGAAAGUCGGAGGAUCCAUGUUGAUGUUUCGGAUGAAGUACUGCAGAAUCGUAUUUUACAGCGGAAGCAGAAUCUGGAGGGAGAGGCUGGUCCUGUUCAGGAGAGGAAGCAGAGACGGGGUUAUCGGGGAUUGUAUGAGAGAUCUGUUAAUCAGGCGCAUCAGGGGACUGAUUUUGAUUUCUUGACGGCGGGUGGUGUUUAG